AUGGUUCGCCUCCACCAUUUUCUUACCAUCGCCGUCCACUUCCCUCUCGACCUCCCCGGAGUCGAGGGGUCUCUUUUCUUAUCCGGGGUCCCAUCCUUACAUCUGAGCGAGCAUACAGCAAAGUCGACGCUCGAGGAGAGGCACGUCACGAACCGCCGCGAUGGCAACUCUCCCUUCUAUCAAACACUGAGUCUUGUGAGGAGACUGGUUGAGGAACGGGAGGUCAUGGUUGAAGUUCCUGAAAUGGAGCUAUACAGCCUUUUGGACCAGAUCGAUGUUCUUCGAGAUAAAGUCACUGGGAUGCUGCCAUCCGAUUCCGAAACCUCUACACCCACAACCCAACCCGAAAGCCAAUCCCAGAGCGACCCAGCUGGACAAUCUAGUCAAGAACCCCAAACACCAUCAAGCACGGUGGUUGGUGGUGCCUUCUUAGAAACAUCCGAGACAGAGUCCCAAGGGCCACCUGGGCAGUCAGCAUCAGUCAACCCUGCCCAAAGCUCAACAGCAGAGAUCGACGAAGAGUCCUUAGACUUGCCCGAAGAGUCGUUGGAUUUACCCGAGGAGUCGUUGGACUCACCCGAAGAGUCGGGGUCAGCGAGCUCUACCCAAAGUUCAACAGAAGGGUCCGUAGAGUUGACCGAAGAGCCGUUGGACCUACCCGAGGAGUCGGCGACCGCCAGCUACACCCAGACUUCGACAGAACAGACUGAAGAGUUGGGACCCACCAGCUCUGCCCAGGAUUUAAUAGAGCAAAUCGAAGGAGUGUCGUUGGACUUGCCCAAGGAGUCGGGAUCCCCCAGCUCUACGCAGGGUUCGACAGAACAGGCCGAGGAAGGUUUCCAGAACUCAUCCGAAGAACCCGGGCCCACCAGCUCUACCCAGAAUUUUACAGCACCGACCGAAGAAAAGCUCCAAGGAACGCCCGGAGAGUCAAACCCUCUGAGCUCCACCCAAGAUUCGACAGAGCAGACAGAAGACCCCAGCGCUGGGGUCACUCACUGCCAAGCCGCACGCCAGGUCUCCUCGGCGAUGACCCCUCCGAUUCUGUCAGACCUUAAUCAGGGCGUUCGAACUUCGAGUACCAUGGCCGGGGCCGAAGGUUCACCUCAGAUCACAACUCCAGCAUCCCUCCCUGCACCUAUGGACGUGGUUCUGGGGGCGGGAUCGGCAUCAGCGGAACAAACUGCCUUUGAGGAAUUCCAGCAGUUCAGCACUACAGUGUUAACAUCGACCAACACGAGGGAGUCUACUGUGACCAUGACAACGACACGCACAAGGUUUCUUUACCUCCCUCUACCUAGCGUCAAAACUCCGUUGGGUGCAGGGUUGAUGACCAAUACGACGGCAACACCUAACCUGAAGAUCGGAGACACGUCAGAGACACCGUCGAUGCGCACGCCGGUGAUGAGGGUUCUCAAUUCAAACACAACUGCCGACGGAGCUCCGCUCAGCGGCUUCAAGACCUUAUCAAAGCCGACGACCAGUGUGGGGGAGGGGACGUUCUGA